ACUCAAAUAGAAGACAGCAAAGAAAGGCGGCUUUCGUCAUCGUAGGAUUCUGUUUGGCCAAUCGCCGGCGAAGGAACCUCCCGCAAACAGUCCGCGCGUGUCAGUCCUACCUACUUGUAUACGCGGCACGCAAGUCUACGUAUACGUACAUGUAUCGUAUACGUUAUGCUCAGCAAUCACGGGAUUCUGGAUUAGAUUUUUUAUUGUGCUCAAUAAUUGGAGAUGGAGCUCUCGUCCGUUCUCAAUCCCCCCGUUGCUCUUGUGAUUUUUAGGUGACUGAAGAAGCUGAGUGGUUUCUAAUACCUUACAUUGAAGUAGCUAUUAUUUACGUGCAAACCGACCAUGGAAGCCAAACCAGCUUUAGCCAUUCAAAGAUCUGGUGCAAGUCAAAUUAGUAACUUUGGUACCUCGGAGGCUCUAUCUUCUUCGUUUCCUGUUCUUCCACCUCCUCUGGAAGAUAUAUAUCCAAAAACUUCUGAUUCACAACACAUUCCCUUAGAGAGGGAUCUCACACGUCGCCCUUCAGCUGUUGUUUCAUCAUUUUCUUCCAACAGUGGGGUUGUUGGACAUAUAUUUUCCGCAUCUUCAGGAUACUCUACCGAUCUUCAUUUUUCGUCUGGCCAACAACAAGAAAAGCAUCCAAGACAAUCUCCUUUUAUCUCUCAAUCAACAAAUAGUGGAAAAUCAGUUACGUUACCUCAAUCUGUUGAUUCUCGAGUUCUUCAAUCCACUGCAUCAAGCCAUUUUAACAAAGAAAAUAAUAAUUCCUGGUGUACAGAUCCAUUGCCUGAUUUUCUUGAUUUUCCAAUGACAACGAUAAUCCAGAACAAUCAACUAGAUGGUAGUAAUAGGGGUGGCAUUGCAAUUCCUUCAGAGGAACUCAGUAAAUCAAGCGAUUGGCAAGAUUGGGCUGAUCAGCUUAUUAGUGAUAAUGAUGAUUUGGCCACUGAUUGGAAUGGGCUUUUUGCUGAUCCAAGUGUUUCAGAUCCAGGACCAAAGGUUGAGGCAUCAUAUCAGAUUUCUCUACAGUCAACAGAUAUCUCCACGCAGCAGCCUCAUAUAUCCCAACAGCUCCCAGGUACACCUGCAGAAAUUUGCACUGGUGCUGGUCAAUCAUCAUCUGCAAAUGCUGCUCCAGCAAAGCAGCGGAUGCGUUGGACACCAGAACUUCAUGAGUCCUUUGUUGAAGCAGUCAACAAGCUUGGUGGCAGUGAAAGAGCUACCCCCAAGGGUGUCUUGAAACUAAUGAAAGUGGAAGGGUUGACCAUCUAUCAUGUAAAAAGCCACCUACAGAAGUACCGAACAGCUAGAUACAAACCAGAGACAACAGAAGAAUCUUCAGAGACAAAACUUGCCUCCAUUGAAGACUUGUCAUCCCUGGACUUAAAAACAGGUAUUGACAUCACUGAAGCACUGCGGUUGCAGAUGGAAGUCCAAAAGCGGCUUCAUGAACAACUUGAGAUUCAAAGAAAUCUGCAACUUCGAAUAGAAGAACAAGGGAGAUAUCUUCAGAUGAUGUUUGAGAAGCAGUGCAAGUCGGGCAUGGGCGUGCUUAAGGGGGGUUCAUCCACCAGCGAGAACCCUCAAGAACCGAUAGAUACGGUGCAAAAUUCCUCUGCCAAAGAAACAUUAAGAGCAGAACUUGGAAAGAAGGAAACAGAUGGUGAGCCAGCCGAUAUAGCCAAAACAUCAGGUGAAACUUCUCAGCGGGUGGGAGAGAAGCAGAAAACGCUUGAGGCUGAAGUACCUGAAAAUACCGAGGCAUGUGCUGGCUGCACAUCCGAGUUAUCACCGAAAAAACGUGUGAAAGUGCAUGCAUAGGCCUGUUUGUGUUGUCUUUAGAUCCUACCAUGACUGAAUGGCUAAACGGUUCACCAGCUCUUGAGUAGGGUUUGCGUAAGCUCGUAAGGAGCUGGGAUAUUUAGGUCUAUUUGUUAGAUGAAACUCUUAGGGGCGCCCCCUUCUGUUCUCCUCAGAAAUUUAGUUCAUAAACAAUCUUUGACUCUUGAGACUUAAAUUUUCUUUUGCAUGUAGUCCUCAGAGAGUUGACGUAUAUGGUGGAAUUUUGAUAAAAUUUCAGAACCCAUGAUUUAAUAAUUUGGGUUCUGUAGAUGAGUAACCUUACUCUGUAAAUCAUCUGCUCUCUAUUAGCUACCUACAGGAUUGACAAUUUCAUUUCACAGAAUUUUGUAUACAGUAAUGAUUAGCAUUCA